AUGGGUUACCAGAUUUCGUCUAACAUGGUACCGUCCGAGCUCAUCCUCGAGAUGGCCGAGUACCACUUUCCUGCCGCGCCGCCUCCCCUCGCGAGACUUGACCUGGGCGCUAACGCUCGAUUCCUUAACGAUCGGAUGGAGUUCAACGAGACUCUUCACCCCAACCGUCGGUUUGCUGCAGAGCGUCGUAUCCCUGAGCCUCCGGCUUUUCAUACCGUUCGCGGGCGCCUUGGUUGGAUAGGUCUCCUCCACAUGUCACGGCACACUCGCUCAGCGCUCGACGUCCCACAGUUCUGGGCAGCGUCCAUCGGGCGGUUGCCACCCAGUGCCACACUCGAUAUGCUCGAUCGCAGCGCUGGCCGUCCGCUCGACGUUUAUCUCGACUCCACGCCCUGCCGUGCUGGUGAUUCCAGAAUGACGGGGUUUCUUCUCAACGGCACCGUCCCGCUCGCGCGCGUUAGUUCUUUUACCUUCGUGGAUGUUCGCGUCGGUGUCGAUCCUGACAUCACGAUUCUUCCCUUCCUUUCUCUCAUGCUGGCCCUCCAGUCCGUCGACUUUUACGCUGCACUUUCCGAGCAAGGCCGUGGCCACACCGGUCCUCCGCCUGCUCCAAUCCGGUUCAGCAUUUCCGACAUCACCCUCCCCAUUCAGCCUUGCACGGCAUCUUUUACAAACUUUGUCGCCCGCGUGCGAGACGUCACACAUCUUUCCAUCUUGCAAACGUUCCUAGGCGGGGACUCGCAAGCCUGGGCUGUCACUCGCGAGGAGCUUCUGCACGUCUUGUCCCUGUCUUGCGACAUGCUGCAGCCCCUCCGCCUCAACAUCAUGUAUCCGGCGCCAAUAUUGCCCGCCAAUUCGGCGUCCUUCGAUGACUUUGCCGAGGCCGGGGACACGAUCUCCGUCGUGCGCCGUUUCGCCGAACGCUUGUUAUUCCCGCCCGACGCGGAGGUCGAGGUACACGGGUUCUGCAUCGAGAAUGUGCUGCUGCGGGAAGACGACAUCGCCCAGUACUUUGCCGGCGGUGGCCUUGCGCCUGCAACCUUUUGCAGCAUUAACGCUCCUGAGGUGAAGCCCGAGAGCGCGGAGGAAUAUACCUUGUACCGCAUUCGGGUCCGGUUCUCCACCGCUGCAGCUGACGCUGCCUUGACGUUCCGCAUCCGCACUCGGGCCGGGCUGUAUACCACCACCAUCGCCAGUCAGCUCGAUAGCCUCGUCAGCAUUGUCGCCCGCUCCAGCCCGAGCGGUGUUUCCCUCUACGCACCGCAUGUGGAGAUGCCUGGGGGUUACCAGCGCGCCCGCGAGGGCAUGCAUUACAGCCAGGUCGUUACUGGGCCAAUCGCAACUGCUCCCCGCGUCAAACACGUCUGGCGCCCACAGGGAAUCCUGGUCGGGUAG